AUGGGAACGCUCCGAGGCAGCGACUGCAGGCCCCGCGGCUUCACCUUCACCUUGGCCUUCACGCCCGCCACGAUUCCCGUCCCGUCCACCGUGAAGCAAGCGCCGUCCUCGCAGGUGCGCCAGAACUACCACCCCGACUGCGAGGCCGCCGUCAACAGCCAUUUCACCCUGGAGCUCCACGCCUCCUUUGUGUGCCUGUCCGUGGCCUUUUACCUUGACCGCGACGAGGUGUCCUUGAAGAACUUCACCCGGUUCUUCCUGCGCCGCUCCCACGAGCACAGCGGGCGGGCCCAGGGCCUGAUGCGCCUGCAGAACCAGCGCGGGGGCCGCCUCAACUUCCAAGACAUCAGGAAGCCAGUCAGUGACAACUGGAAGAGCGGCCUCAAGGCCAUGAAGUACGCCUUGUCCCUGGAGAACCGCGUGAACCAGAGCCUGCUCCACCUGCACCAGCUGGCCACCGACAAGAGCGACCCCCACCUGCGCCACUUCCUGGCAACUCACUACCUCAGCCAGCAGGUGGCGUUCAUCAGAGAGCUGGAGGGUCAUGUCACCACCCUGAGCAUGAUGGAGGCCCCGGAUGUCGACCUGGCAGAGUCCCUCUUUGACAAGCUCACCCUGGGCGACAGCGACAAGAACUGA